GGAGCACCAGCGAUUCAACAAGCCAUCAAUAAUUGCGAGUGCGAGGGUUAGGUCUCUCUCAUUCCCUUUCCCAAAUUCGUGAGCGAAACAUUAACCCUAACCCUAGAUUUCAACCAUGUCGUCCAAGCAAGGUGGCAAAUUGAAGCCUUUGAAGCAACCCAAGUCUGAUAAGAAAGAGUACGACGAGACUGAUAUGGCUAAUAUGCAGAAAAAGAAGGAAGAAGAAAAGGCACUUAAAGAGUUAAGAGCAAAGGCAUCACAGAAGGGUUCAUUUGGAGGGGCUGGUUUAAAGAAGAGUGGGAAGAAAUGAGAGUUCAGACUCCAAACAUGGCAAAACCUAUGGAUUGUGUGUUUAAAUUACAAGUUAUGUUAUAAUGACAUCUUCUGUUUUAGUUUGAUGUUAUAUUAUCAUUUGGAUUAAUGUGUGGUCUAGUAUAAUGCUGAAUCUGCUACAAACUUAAGGAGUCAAAUGUUUCCCAGGAAACUCAAUAAAAUUUGUGUUGGUUCUAUUCUGUCUCAAAGUUAUUUUUGCCUGUGGUUUGUACUUUGUUGUGCAUGAGUUCUACUAUCAUAAUUUUAUCAUU